AUGGGUGAACUCAAGGAGAAAUUGACUUUAUCUGAGAAAGGGAAAGAGAGCAGAUCUGCGCCAAGUCCCCCGCGAGAAGCGCCGCUCGGCUCGAAGCUGUUGAGCUCGGCGGCUAGGGCUUACCGCGGUGUCCCGACUGACGCCGCCUGUGAUGAUUUCGCGCGGGUGGAAGGGACGGACGGCUCCGCUCGUGGGGACGGAGAUGGACGGUGCUCGAUUGGCGAUUCGGAGGAGGACGAUGCGAAGGAGGUGGGAGACGCCUCCUCGGCGGGAAGCGAUGUCGAUCGUCCUCCGGUUAGUGUCGACGGGGCUAGGCGACCGGUUGUGGAAGGAGUUGGUCAUCCGAACAUCAUUGACUAUCCCGAGCCUUUUUGGGAAGUUGUGACGAAGAUCGCUGUGCUUGAUCGGGGCGAGUGGGACGAUUUCGACCGGAGGAGGAUUCGCAAUCAGCGUGAUCGGAUUUCGAAAGUUGAUUGGGCGUCCGAUAUUCCUUGUGAGGAUCCUAACGGGGAAAGAAGGUUGCCGCUUCCACUGAUGGGAAAAAUUCCGCCAGUAUAUCCCAAUUUCAGUGAGCUCUUGGAUUCCCAGCUGGGUGAUGAGAGUUUCGAUCCUGCUGCAGCGUUGGAGGCGGAGAACGAGAAGGCCAAGGAUUCACACAAUGAGGGAGAUGAUCCUCCGGUAGAAGAUUCAGCGGUAGAUGAGGCGGUUAAUCGCGAUACUGAUGUUAUUUCAAAGAAGAAAAAGAAGAAGAGUAGGUUGUCUAAAAGAACGAAGGCCGACUCUCCGGAGAUGGAAGUUGCCGCAGAUGAAGUUGUUCAUGAGGGUCCUUCAGGUGAUGCUACCGAAGGGAACCGUGAGGUCGUGGAGGCAACAGGCUCGAUUGGCGAGGAUCGCACUGGUCCGUCAGCGAUGAAGAAGAAGAAGAGGCCGAUCGAUGAUUGUCCUAGCGACUCCGGGAUGCCAGUCUCUCGUAACCUUCCUUGGGGUGGAUCGGGUCCACCAAACGGGAAGCCUCCGUUGUCCCAAUCGGAGCGUUGGAGCUUUCAUCACAAGGACGACACGGCUUUUGUCAACGAUGAGGGGGAAUGCGCUGAGUUAUCCCGCCAUAUCUGGGGUGGCUCACGCGAAAUGCCCGAAGUCGGCGAUCUUGCAUUCCCACGGUCGUUUGCUGAGUCGGCCCGCGCGGAUGCCGUGGCCUCUGCUCGUAAGAACUACCUUGUCCUCGAGUGCGAGCUUGCUAUGCGGAAAAUGGCCUUGGAUCUUAGGAAGGCUGAGGCAACGAUCAAAACGCAAAAUGUGGAGUUGGAGAAGGUCCGGAAGAGUGCUUUGGAGAGGACGAAGGAGAUGGCUGUGGAGCGGAGUCGGAACCAGCGCGAGCGUAAGCAGGCUAUCGAGAGGGCCGAUGGUCUUGAGGAGGAUUUGGAGAACGCCCGAACUAAAAUUGCGCAGCUGGAGCGUGAGAAGGUCGAGGAGGCCGAGAAGCAUAGGAGAUUGGUGGAUUUCAUGAAGCAGUGUCGCAUUCGUGAGGUUACAUCUGAGAGAGGCCGUCUUAUGACAGCCGCUGCCGCGCGCUUCAACAAAUUUCGGAAGUACAUGGCUGACCGAGACAAGCUUGAGACAAAGCUCUUUUUCCAUGCUCAGGCUUUGGGGACUUUGCAGUCGUUGGAUGUGCUAGAGAAGCGAGGUCAGCAAAUUCCACAGAGGAUGAGGGAUACUUUGACAUUUAAUGAGAAGAAGUUCAAGCGGGAGGUUGAGGAGGCCGAUGUCGAGGAAAUCACGGAGCGAGAUCUCUCUUUAUCUCCUCCCCGUUCCGGACCGUUUCAGGGCCUUGAUCAGUUCGGGACGAACUUGGGGUUGGUCGAUUCUACGACCGCGGUCUCCCUUCGUUCCCCGACAGCCGUCGUUGAGACUAUUGCCGCUGUUUCGGAUUCACGUGGUGUCGCCCGUUCGAUCGAUGCCGAUACAGGAGGAGCGCCAAACGAAGUUGCUGUGGAAAUGGGAGGCGCUGCCGAGGGAGUGAAGGUUUCUGCCGUGCGACCGGUCGCCGAUCCGUUUGAGCCGAGCGCUUGA